CUAUUACGGGAGUCGGUGAGAAAAACAUUUUAAUUUCAUUCCAUAACUAGGUACAUUGCGGAAUUCGUGUUGCUGUAAACGACUGCAUGUAACCAAAUAAUUUCGUUAUUACUUUUACUUUUUAAUAUAAUUAUUAGAUUGGAAAUAGCGUACAAACGUUGUAUAUCUAUCUGUUUUGUGCCAAUAUGACUUACGGUAAUCUGAGCCCAUCUAAAGCAAAACCUGUGAAUAUUGGUGAGGUUGUAGAAAAAGCACGGGAUGCUUUUAACCGUGGCAUUACAAAACCUCUAGAAUGGAGGAAGAAACAGCUCAAGAGUCUUCUACGAAUGUAUGAGGAGAACUACAAUGUUAUGAUUGAGGUAUUGCAAAAAGAUUUAAGAAGAAGCAAGACUGAAGCUGUGCUUCUAGAAGUUGAAUAUCUUAUUAAUGAUUUGAAGAAUACUAUACACUAUUUAGAAGAAUGGGCGAAACCGGAGAGACCUUCAAAGGGUUUAGUCAACAUCCUAGACGACGUCGUCGUCUACAACGACCCAUAUGGCUUAGUGCUUAUCAUCGGCGCAUGGAACUAUCCCCUGCAACUUCUAUUGCUACCAAUGGCUGGUGCCAUUGCAGCUGGUAACGCAGUGGUCGUCAAGCCCAGCGAAUUGGCCGAAGCCUCUGCUACAUUUAUCGCUGAGACUCUUCCUAAAUACUUAGAUAGUGACGCGAUAGCCGUAGUAGAGGGUGGUCCGGAGGAGACAACGGAGCUCCUAAAGAACAGAUUCGACUACAUAUUCUACACUGGUGGGACCAACGUGGGAAAGAUUGUAUACAGUGCUGCUACCAAAAAUCUUACACCGGUCACGUUAGAACUGGGAGGGAAAAGCCCAACAUACAUAGACAACACAGUCGACAUGGAAGUGACCACGAAAAGGAUACUAUGGGGUAAAUUCAUAAAUGCCGGCCAGACUUGUAUCGCUCCAGACUACGUUCUGUGCAGUAGAGAAGUCCAGGACAAGUUCGUGGAGUACGCUAAGACCAUACUAAAGGAAUGGUAUGGAGAGGACCCACAGAAGUCCUCAGACCUAUGCAGGAUUAUCAACGGAAGGCAUUAUAGUCGCUUGCAAGCGUUAUUAAACGCGAGUAAAGAUAAAGUCGCCAUUGGGGGCAAGAGUGACUCCCAGGACCGAUACAUAUCGCCCACUAUACUCACUAAUGUGUCCCCGGACGACAAGAUUAUGGAGGACGAAAUAUUCGGCCCAAUUUUACCGAUCGUGCCCGUCGAGAACGCUUACGAAGCCAUCAAAUUUAUCAACGCCAGAGAAAAGCCGUUGGUCCUGUACGUUUUCACACAAAGCGGUGCAGUCCGAAGGAGUUUAACCGAUAAUACAUCUAGUGGAGGAAUGUGCAUAAACGAUACCAUGAUGCAAAUGGGAGUUGAUACACUGCCCUUCGGCGGAGUGGGAAACAGCGGCGUCGGGGCCUACCACGGGAAGGCUUCCUUCGACACCUUCACGCACAAGAAGAGUUGUCUCAUCAAGAACUUCGCAGCUAUCGGCGAAAAACUUGCUUCAGGGCGUUACCCUCCGUACACUGACGGCAAGUUGAGUUUCAUAUCGAUGUUGAUGCGCAAACGCCACGGGCCCUCCCUCAAGUUCCUGCCUUAUCUCCUGACCUUUGCGUUGGGCGCAUGCGUCGCCUACGGCAUCACUGUCUGGCAGAAGAUGGGAGGUGAAGAGCUUUAAGACGCUAAACAGGCUCGGUGAAGAUAUAUAGUGUGAUAUUAUUAAUAUAGGGUGUAUGUGUACCCUAUUUUUAUAUAAAAAUAAUUCUAUGCAAUGGAUUUCAUUCCAUUCGUAUCCGAAAUAAUAAUCAGGGUGUAAAUGUAGAGUAAGGAUGUUUAUGAUGUGAGGAAGAUAUUUAGGAGCUACAAUAUUUUAAUUUUGUGUAUGGUCAUGGUCACGCUUCUUUUUGUCCUGCCUUACAAGCAAUCUUUAAUACUAUUGUUUAUUGUUUUCGUUGAGUAUUCUCUUUAGAUUUUUGUAAAUUUAUAUUCAUAGAAAUGUGCAAGACAGCAUAUAACAAUGAUGAACCCAAUGAGCAUUUCAAUGGAUACUUUAUUGAAAUUCACCAAGCUUAAUAAUUCUAGUAUGUAUAUGUUUUAGAUUAUGAUUGGACAAGUAAGCUACUGUAAUGAAAUGCAUUUAUUCUUUAUACUUACAUUAUAAUUAAACUUGCUAAUGACAGUUUCUAUACAUUGUUAAAUGCAUUGGUUUUUUACAAAAAUUCUUAGAGAAUUGUAUUUUUAAAAUGGGAUAUUGGUAAAAAUCGGUCGCCCGAAUUUGAUGAUACUGAUUAUGAAGGUGUCUCGAGGGACCUUGAUUGGAACACGUCCAAGUGAUUUUUUUAAAUGUAUUGAAAAAUGAUUUAAAAUUUUGUGAAAUGUAUUGAAAUUCGUAAACAAUCCGUACGUAUUCUACUUUUCUAUUGGUUAUUAGAGAUGUCUAGGUCCCCCGAGACACCUACAUAAUCAGUAUCAUCAAAUUCGGGCGACGUAUUUCUAAACCCAACCCAAAAUCUUAAUGGUUUUGAACAUUUAUCACUUUGUCAAGUUUUAGCAUAAUAUAUUUGUGAAGAUUUUUUAUAUGAUUAUAUUUUAGAAAUAAAUGGGAAUAAUAUGUG